GCCAUUGAUAUAGUUAAGCCACAAUGAUUGAGUUCAGAUACAUCUUACUUCUAUUUAUCAAAAAAGAAUGGCCUGAGUUGUCAUGCAACAUAGUUCAACAGCUACACCCAUUUAUAACAAAUUGCUUCAGAGGUAAAGCAUUGUUUCAGUGAAAUGUAACAAAUACAGUGAUUUUUUAUCAGAUAUUCCUUCAGUUGCAGGGUGACUCCUGACCAUUUUAACAUCCUUGGUAUUUUUUCAAAAUGUAGAGGUACCACGGAUGUCAUUAUCUGGGGUUCCUUGCAAUCCCUUUGCUCACUGUUCACAUAUGGAUGCCCUGCUAAUUCUAUUACUCAGACUGAAAACUGGGAUUCAAGAGAAUGAGCUUUCUAACUAAGAACCGUUGAUUCUUGGAAGCUAUAUACAGGGGAGUGAACUUCACAAGAGUGUACUGCUUGCGGGUAACGUUAUGAUCCAUCUCAAUGUAUGUUUGUUGAUGGCUGCCCUGUUUGCUUACUCUGCAUCAGUUCAGUUAAAUGACCCAGAUUGGUAUUUCUGGUUCUCUCUCUACACGUUUGCAACUUUAGUGAAUCUCUUGAAAAGUUGCAGAAGAAGCAGAACCAGUGACAUUUUGGCGCCUGUGAGUUUACUGGGUGCAAUUAUUUUGUUUGUAAAAGUUGUGGUUGAAGCUUUUGCAGAUGAUUUGUUAGAGGUUUUCUCUUUGGACAUGGAGAAAAAGGUAGUGAGAGAAAAGCUGGGAAGUGGGUUCGUGAUUGUCUCCAUGUUUCUUCAUGUGAAUGCCUCUUGUAAGCCAGUAAAAAACAAGAGAGAGAAAGUGGGAAGAUCCAUUGAUCUUGGGAUGCUCUUACUGGUGGUCAUAAGCUACGGGCUCUCCUUGGGGUUCUUCUUGUUGGUGAAAGAGAUUUGAAUUGAUCCUUAAAAACGAUUAAAAUCCUUGUGUUAUGGAGUUUUCAUAUUUUCUAGUCAAGUGAAAAAUCCUUUCAAAAUUUCAUAAUGUCUUACCAAUUAAGUGAUUAUGUGUUUGCGUGUGUUAAAUUCUCAAGCUUAAGGUUCCAAUAUCACUGUAAGGAUUUUAAAGUAACAAUCUUUGAAGUGAUAUUUAAUGAUCUCCA